GUUUCGGUUUCGUACGGUACGAAUCCUGGAAUACUCACAUGGAUGCAAUUUAGCUCGCAUUCAUGUUUCUUGUUUCUGGAGGCCCCCAUAAACUACUAGUAUCAAUUAUGCAAAAAGGCGAAUGUUUCUUUGCCCAUCCAGGUUAAUGAAUUUUGGAAUAUAAAUAAAAUUAUUUCUUGAAAUUAUCUUCUGUAUGUGCUGCAAUGAUGUUUAAUCAAACAUCUAUGGAUUCAUCAUUAAGUAGUCUUUCUGUAUCAUCAGCUGUUGAUCGUGUAUAUGACUCAUUUGCAAAUAAUGUAGAUACACAACCGGGUGCAUUACUUUCUGAACUUUUAUCAGAUUGUACACCAUUGGAUUGUCUUGUUUCAAACAAUUUACAAUCAUCUCAUCGUCAAGAUAGUCUAUCUUUGUCAUCAUUAUAUGGAGUAUCAUCAUCUUCCCACAAUAAUAAUAAUGAUAAUAAUAAUAAUAAUAGUAACUGUAGCAUUACAAAUACUAUGGAUAAUAUGAAUGGAAUUUAUAUUCCAACAAAUCAUAAUUCAAAUGAUUGUUAUCAAAAAAAAUUUACAAUUGAAUUAAAACCUGAUCCGGAUAUAUCAUCUAAACUUAUUGAAGAACAGUCCAAAGAUAAUAAUAAUAAUAAUAAUAUACUGUUAGCAGUUUCGAAAUUCGAUACAAAUGUUGAAGGUCGUGGAAUACGAUUGCAUCAUAUUGGCAGUGAAGUAUAUCUUGAAUGUUUAAGUGAUGCUGCAGUAUUUGUUCAAUCACCAAGUUGUAAUUGUUUCUACAGUUGGCAUCCAGCAACUGUUGUCAAAGUACCACCAAAGUGUAAUUUAAAAUUAUUCGAUAGUACAGCAUUUGCUAGUCAAUUAGCUGAUAAUAUGUCACGCAGUUAUGAAUCAGUCUUUUCACUAACUCAUAUGUGUUCAAUACGUAUUAGUUUUGUCAAAGGUUGGGGAGCAGAAUAUAGAAGACAAACAAUAACCAGUACACCAUGUUGGAUAGAAGUACAUUUAAAUGGACCAUUGAAAUGGCUUGAUCGUGUACUACGACAAAUGGGUUCACCUACACUUCCAUGCACAUCAGUAAGCUGA